AUGGUGAAUGGAACUAACAGACUGCAUUGUGUCAUACAUGAAAGCCAGAUUUCAAGAGGAGUCAACAUCAGGAAAAAUCAGGGUGGAAAAACCUGCAAUGCAGGAGCUGCUGAGAGAUAUGCAGAAGUGACUGAGCCAUCCAUUCUGGUGACUGACUCAAACACCAUCCACAUUUGGUAUUUGCUGGAUGCUCUCAGCCCAAAAAGAAGGGCCAACAUAUGGAACUGCUUUCAUCUUCUGGGGAAACCACUGCAGGAGAGCAUAAAGGCUUCCCCACAGGCAUGGCAGAUGGACAAGUCAUAUUUCUGCAAUAAUGCUGAGUUGAAAGGUGCCAUCAACCUGUCACCCACAUGGUUUCAACAGGGUCAUGGGCCCCAAAAUGGCUUCCCAGAAGCCUCAUGGCUGCUCAAAUCCAGGAAGGAAAACACUUCUACAAGGCAAUGGGUUGACCAAAUGUCUGACACCAAUGCCCUGUUAUCUGCAAUCCUGCAUGUGGAAAAGUGGGCAGAUUUGGAUAUGAGUUCCAUACUGCCAAUAUGGAGCUCCAUGUAUAGCAGCAUGUCCAUGAUGGUGAAUCAGGCAACUUGUUACUACAGGGAUAUCAAUGGAUGGGAUCCAUGGCAUGAGGCAUGCAAGAGAGAGUCUACAGGCCAAACAUGUCAUAACCCCUGUGGCUCAGUUAUCACAGUCAUUGGUCAGAGGUUUGCUCCUUCUGGUACUGGAACCAUUAUGGCAACUGGGGACCUGAAUGAGCCCUUCAACAAACAAGCCCCUGGGACAGUGACAACCACAAGGGACACAACAAGGCAUGUGAUGCAUGUGACCACAAGAAGCCAAAAGAGGAAAGACCGCUGGCAUGGGCAUAACAUGGGUGACUACCCACCCUUGGACUUUGUCAUUCCAAUGUUGAAUCUGCAGCUGCACUACAACCCUGGGAUGAUCAUUGCAUUUUCAGGUUCAGCAUUGGAGCAUUGGGUGGGAGCUGUAGAUGGUGACAGAGCAUGCCUGGUGUACUACAUGCAUGCCAAUGUACAUCAGUUGGUGUACAUUCCCAUGUGUCAAUCACUGCAGAUGGACAACCUACUACCUAGACCAGUUGCAACUGGAGAACUGUUGAUUUGA